AUGGAGUCUAAGAGGGAGUUCGACCUGAUCCUUCUAGGCCCAACUGGUUACACAGGUAGACUCUGUGCAGAGCAUAUUGUUAAGAACCUUCCUACGGGCUUAAAAUGGGCUCUAGCAGGGCGUUCGCCCCAGAAGAUUGAAAAUGUUGCCAAAGAACUCAAGAAUCUGAACCCCGACCGCGCCGAACCAGAGAUUCUGGCUGUCCAGCUCAACCGGGAGGAAUUGCACUCACUCGCUCAGAAAGGCCGUGUGCUUCUCAACUGCGUUGGGCCAUAUCACUUAUACUCUACUCCUGUAGUUGAAGCUUGUGCCAGCAACGGAACGCAUUAUCUCGAUGUCACUGGAGAAACGCCCUGGAUCAAGAGUAUCAUCGAAAAGUACCAUGAAACUGCCAAGUCAAACGGUGCCCUAAUAAUCCCCUCUGUUGGCGUCGAGAGUGCUCCUGCAGAUAUGUUGGCCUGGGCCCUUGUUAAGCGUAUACGUGAGGAACUUUCCUGCGAUACCAAGGAAAUUACGUGCGCAAUCGAUGAACUGAAGUCCUCCGGGGCAAGUGGUGGUACUCUUGCCACGGUCAUGACCAUGUUUGAUACACUCUCGUUGCUCGAUAUACUCAAAGUAGCAGACCCAUUUGCGCUCGCCGCAUCCUCACCACCCAAAUCUAUCCCCAGCGAACCACUCGUGGAAAAAGUGUUGGGUGUCCGCUCAGUCCGUGACAUGGGCACUCUCACCACCGCUCCAACAGCAAUUGCCGACAUUACUAUCGUGCACCGGAGUAGUACGUUGAUGCCAGAGUUCUACGGGCGUCGGUUCCAUUUCAGACAGUUCCUUAGGGUGAGGAACGCGCUCGUUGGUGUUGCACUUCAUUUUGCCUUCGUCACCGGCUUGUUACUUUUGCUCCUGCCCCCCGUUCGGUGGCUAUUGAAGAAGUAUAUUUACGCGCCUGGCAGUGGACCCCGCAUGGAGGACUCAGUCAAUGACCGACUGGUAUACCGUGCUGUGGCGACAGCUGAUCAGGACACGCCGGAUCCUAAGCGUGCACUUGGAAAGUUGAAAUACGAUGGGACGAUGUAUGUUUUCACAGGACUCUUGCUGGCAGAAGCAGCCAUGACUAUCCUGGAGAAUGAAGAUAAAGUGAAGAAAGUCUCUCGCUGCGGCCUUGUAACCCCAGCUACCUUGGGCCAGGAAUUCAUUGACCGUUUGGAGAAGGUUGGAUGUCAAAUCGAGACGGAAGUGUUCAAAUACUGA